AUGUUUUCAAAUUGUAUCAUUUUUUUUUUUGUACUCGACGCAAUUAGCAAUGAGCCCUGGGGCCCUCAUGGGUCAUAUAUAGCCGAUAUUGCUAAUGCGCCAAGAAAUUAUAACGAGUAUCCGAUGAUCAUGUCGGUUAUGAUACUGGGAAAAAUUGGCGGCAUGUAUACAAAGUUUGCUUCUAAUGGUAUAAAAUUGUUCAAUAUUGGUUGUACCAUGUUUAGUUUAUACAUGCCCAACCAUCAAAGUCAAGUUUGGGGAGAGAAGAAGAAGAAACAUGAUUUGGAGUGCAUCGUCAAAGGCCGCAAUGAACCAUGUUCUAUACGAUAG